AAAGAACGAGGCGGGUAAGAGUAAUUUUAAAAAUAUUAGAGGGAAGAAAUGUACAGGCAAGAAGUUUGUAGCGGAGCGACGGGUAGACACAGAAGCCAACAUCGAAACAUCGUAUUGUCCGAGUUUUCUCCAUGUUAAUUUCCCCAAAGGUUUCCGGUCACCGACGGUGGGUCUACAUCACAUUUCUCAACUCAAACAACUUCAGGCACUUCCUCUCAACCACCGCCGACACCACCGCCGCCGACCCGUUUAACACCCACCCGUCAUACCAGCACCUCUCUACCAUCAAAUCCAAAUCGGAACUCCUCCAGUCCUACACUGUCACACCCCCCAUCAAACCCUGGCCCCGAUACCUCUCCCCUAAAACACUCAUUACACUCAUCAAAUCCCAGCAUGAUCCAAACCUUUCCCUCCAAAUUUUCCACCAUGCUGGCAACUUCCACCCUGGUUUUUCCCAUAAUUACGAAACCUACCACUCCAUCAUCAACAAACUCUGCCGUGCGCGCGCGUUUGAUGAAGCAGAGACCCUUUUAACCGAAUUGCAAAAGUCCAGCAUCCAAUGUGGGGAAGGUUUGUUUAUUACUAUGAUUCGGAACUAUGGGAUUGCUAGUAAGCCCAAAUUGGCCCUUAAGACCUUUCUGCGUAUUGAAAAAUUUGGAAUUCAGAGGUCAAUUAGGUCAUUUAACGCUUUGUUGAAUGCUUUAGUACAAAACAAAGAGUAUGAUUUGGUUUACGCUAUUUUUAAGAAUUGCCAGAAAAAGUUGGAUAUAAUGCCCAGUGUGUUUACUUGUAAUAUCUUGUUGAACGCUUUGUGUAAGAAAGGCGAUAUUGAUAGUGCGAUUCGAGUUCUUGAUGAGAUGCCUGUGAUGGGAAUAGUUCCCAAUGUGGUGAGCUACACAACCAUUUUGGGUUGUUAUGUAUCAAUUGAUGAUUUAGUGGGGGCCAAGAGGAUGUUUGAUGAAAUUGUGGACAGAGGUUGGUUGCCUGAUGCAACGACAUACACUAUCUUGAUGCAUGGAUUUGCUAAGCAAGGGAAGUUGAUUGAUGCAGUUAAGAUAAUGGAUGAGAUGGAGGAGAAUGGUGUUGGGCCGAAUGAAGUGACGUAUGGAGUGAUGAUCGAGGCAUUUUGCAAGGAAAAGAAGUCCGGUGAAGCAGUUAAUUUGCUUAAUGAUAUGCUGGAUAAGAGGUACAUACCAAGCUCAACACUUUGCUGUAAGGUGAUUGAUGUCUUGUGUGAAGAGGGAAAGGUUGAGGAGGCGUGUGAUUUGUGGAAGAAAUUGUUGGUAAAGAAUUGUACUCCAGAUAAUGCUAUAUCGAGCACACUUAUUCACUGGCUUUGUAAGAAGGGAAAGAUUCGGGAAGCAAGGAAAUUGUUUGACGAGUUUGAGAAGGGUACGAGUCCUAGUGUUUUGACAUAUAACAUGCUAAUUGCAGGGAUGUGUGAGAGAGGAGAGCUGCAUGAAGCCGGGAGGUUGUGGGAUGACAUGGUGGACAAGGGUUGCAUUCCCAAUGCUUUUACUUACAACAUGUUGAUCAAUGGUUUUUGCAAAGCUGGAAAUGCAAAGGAAGGCAUUAGAAUUCUAGAAGAGAUGCUUGAAAAAGGGUGUCUCCCAAACAAAUCUACUUAUUCCAUCUUAAUCAAGGUGCUUCUUGACUCUGAAUGCGAGGCAGAAGUUUUAAGGGUGCUUCCACUGGCUGCUUCAGGUGAUGUCGAUCUUGAAACUUGGGGAAUCCUUGUGGCAAAGUUUGUUACUGAUCUUCGUAAUGUAUGUUCCAUUUUGGAUAAGAUUUUGCUUGACAAUGAUACAUAAAGGUUUGUUCUGAUGCUCUUCGUGCCCAUCAUCUGAUUCUAAUGUGGGAGCAAGCAUGGUUCACAAAAGAAUUAUUGUCUCAUUAAUGAGAGUAUUGGUGAUUCAGUGAUUGUCUCGGUGCCUGGUUCAAGAAGGUACAAGCUCCCCUAUGCAAACAUUUUUGAAGUUCAUGAGAACCUUGACAUUGUUAGGACACCAACUUUGGAGCCAUUUCUGGAAGAAGACGGGAAAAUGAACAUGUGAAGCAUGGGAUAUGCUGUUUGAUGACGGCAUAAAAAGAGUCAAAGAAGUAAGAAGUGAUGUUUUUAACUUUUUAUACAGCUCUAGACUUCUUGUAUUAUAUUACUGUGAGAUGGAUUAGGUUAUGAUGACUAUGACUCUAAAUUAUGGCAUUGUCUUAUUGUGAAUUGUUCCAUAUUCUGUGUAAAGGAAGGGAUGCAUACUUGGAGAAUCGAUCCCCUAACUCUUCACAUAAAUGUUCAGUUGUUCACAAUA